UGAGAAUAGAGUGGGAUAAGGGCAAAUAGAGAAUGAGGCUACAUAUAAGGUUUAGAAGAAACGGGAGUGGUAGAAAUAAGUUGAAGAAAUUCUGGAGACGAAAAUAUGGCAAGCAUAUUCGUUGCGAUGAUGAUGAGAGUGAUGAGAAUAUACAAAUAAGUCGGAUAACUUUGAGUGAUAAUAAGGAGGAGAAGGUAUUUAUUGAUCAUAACGAGUUUCCCGAUGAACUACCCCCUAGUUAUGACCAGGCAAAUACAUGUAUUAAUAGUUGUAAUACUAGUAGUGAUACUAGUAGUGAUGCUGAAGUGAGAGGAAGAACGCGAGAAAUACAGUAUAAAUCUAAAUUAUGUUCAUUUUUACAACAACAGCAACAACUACAUAGAAGAGAAACCAAAUCAAAUGCUGGCAUUAUGAUAAAAGUUGGUUCUGAGAUUAAUAGUCCAUUAAUUAGUCAACGGAUUAUGAAUCAAAUAUCUUCAAAUAACCAAUUUAAUUAUAGAUUAGGGAAAAUAAUUUCCCUUAUAAAAUUAUUAUGUUUUAUUUACUUAAUAUUUGUCAUUUUAAUUCAUUUCUCUAUUCAAUCGAGUAAUAUUAUCGAGUAAUAUUUCCAUAUUUAAUUAAUACAAUAUUAUUUUAAUGGCUAAUGUAGUUGCAAAAAUUGCUUGCUAUAUGGCUAAACGGUUACCGUUGCCGCACAUCCGUACAUUUUAUAUUUUUAGUUACCGGUUACCAUUUUGCAAUUUUUUUUGCCUUUUUUGUGGUUUGUCUUACUACAUUUUUUUUUUUUUAAUAGCAAUAAAUAU